AUGUCUUUUUUUCGAAGAUCAUCGAGGGAGCAUAAAGAACAUAAGGUGACCAAGGCAGACCUCUCAACAAUUCGUAUUGGAUCAGAAGAUGCAACUCAAAGUUUGAACGCCCCAAGAGAGGUAGUUCAGGCUGUUAGAGCCUAUAUAGCCCAAAUUCCGGGUCAGAUCAGUUUCAACAAAGGUGAUUUCUUUUACGUUGUCUCGCGACCAAACUCUACUACCAUCGAGAUAAAGGAUCCAGUGAAAAACAUGCAGGGUAGUGCUCCAACCAGCUGCUUUAAAUUCUUUGAAAAACCCCAGCGAACACACACAAGCAAUUCAUCAAGUAGCAAUAGUUCUUCUCAGCACAGUAGUUCUCAGAAUGGGGCUGGCGUGACAUUUCACAAAUCCUAUCAAUCUACAAAAUCGUUUCAUUCGCAACAUUCACAACCAUCCCAGGUACCUAAUCCUUCAGCAAGACACGCAUCUUCAAGUUCUAGCAAGCACGUGUCACCGUUACCAUCACUUUAUGGGAUUGUCCUCUAUGAUUUUCAUGCCGAGAGGCCCGAUGAGUUGAGCGUGAUGGCGGGCGACAGUUUAAUCCUUUGUGCCCAUCAUGAACAUGAGUGGUUCAUUGGAAAGUUUCUCGAUAAGAUUGGUGAGCCAGGCUUAGUUCCUGUUUCGUAUGUGCGACUUUAUGAUAUAAAUACCAAAGUUCCUUACAACGAGCCGUCUGAUGCUAUAAUAGAUAGAGUUCGUCUUCCGACUGUUGAGCAAUGGAAGAUGGUGAAGAACCGUCAUAAGGCCAGUGCAAGAACAGUAGGACCUGCAGCUUCAACACCAGGCAGCCGAACAAAUUCUUCUGGUGAUGUACGCGCCCAGAUGGGCGGACAGAAUUGGCAAAAGGACUCGUUUUCUUCCACCGCCAGCUCAUUUAGUCAGAGCUCGUACAUUGCAGGGCAAAAUAAGCCCGUGGCGAAUAUUUCUACGGCGUCUGCAUCAACAGCUCGUGCUUCAUUGUAUGCAGAAGAGGUUAGUAUAGAGUCUUUUUCUUCCACAAAUGGCAAAUACUGGUUCUUGGUUCGUGUCGUGCUCUCUGAUCACUCUACACGGUGCCUUUGCAGAUAUUACGAAGACUUUUUCAAUUUCCACCAGCAAAUUUUGGCUGCAUGGCCGAGGGAAGGAGGUAAAUACGAUACUAAGGAUCAUAAAGAGAGAAUCAUUCCUUUUAUUCCCGGUCCAGUGAUGGAUGUGAGCGAGAACUUGUGCCAUAGACGCAUGAUUGACUUUGAUAGCUAUCUAAAAAGUCUGAGAGAUCUCCCUAGCCAUAUUUCAAAAUCGGUUCUUGCUAAUUCCUUUUAUGAUCUGUGGGAAGGUGACCAACAGUUGUCAUAUAACGAUGUCACGAAGGAUGGCUCUCCUAUAAGGCCGGCCAGACGUCCUCCAAAUAUGAUUAUACUGAAUGGUAAAGGAUCUAACAGUAAUGGAGAGAUUGAUCGUAAAUCUGAACAGCCUCAUCCAUAUAGACCAUUUCCACAACAGGGAGGCAAUGUUCCGAUGGACCAUACCGGAGCUAUCGAUAUAAAGCCCACACAGAAUCCUCAAAACAGACACAGCUCUUUGGUAAGGAGACUUAGUGAGAUGACUUUGGGCCACUCUCAUCACCACUCUAGGAAGCACAGUUCAUCCGGAUCUUCCGUGGGAUCAUCUACACAGGAUCAGAGAGAAACACAUAGAAAGCCAUCCCAAACCAACUGGACUAAGAGCAAUAACGGAAAUAUGAACACGAGUGCCUCAAAGAUAUCUCCUUCUAACAAGUUAAAACUAAAGUUUUAUUACAAAGAUGAUAUAUUUGCAAUAGCUGUCCCUGAAACUGUAACAUUGGAGGAGCUGAAGCAUUUAAUUGUCCCGCGAAUCGAUGAAUGUGACGAACCUAACAUUGAAGAAAGAUUAAAAGUUAUACCAAAAGAUGUCAACAACGUUGAUCAGUUUGAGUAUCUAAAUGAAUGUGUUCUUCAAUCGGAUUCACAACUUCAUGAAACUUCCAAUUUCACUGACAAGGGAAAGUUUUUAGUUAUAGUUUGA